AUGUCCAUCCAUCAAAUUCUGAACUUUAAGAUCCCUCCCGACCACGAGGAUUCGUUUGCAUCAUUGACUCGGCUAUGCGACGACCACAAACUUUUGAAUCAAAAGGAUGGGCAUGAAACCCGAGAUUUGUGUGAUGGAUUAUCGGAUCCAAGUACCCUGCUACGAUUCUUGGCUGCCCGUCGGUUUGAUCCCGAUGCCGCGCUCGUGCAAUUCAAAGAAGCAUGUCAAUUUCGCCAGGAGAAAGCUGUGCUGAAAUUAUACGACAUAAUCCCAAUCCCCGAUUUUGAGCAGGCUCGGCAAUUUUAUCCCCACUGGACCGGUCGCAGAGGCAAGACUGGUGUGCCGAUAUGCAUGUUUGAUCUCGCCUACCUUGAUAAAGAUGGUUUGGCAAGCUGGGAGAAAAGUCGCCAAUCCCCCGGCUGGAAAUAUCCAGCAUCCGAGGAACAUCAGCCACCAACUCCGGAUAUGAUACAGUCAGCCUCUAUCUUCCACGACAGUCUUACCCGUUUUGUGCUUCCCCUUUGCUCAAUGAUGGAAGACCGGCCUAACCCGUCGGUUCCGAUCACCAACUUCGUUUAUCUUGUGGACGCAUCCAAUUUGGGGCUAAAGCAAGGAUGGAGUCUUAGAUUCUUUGCUCAGGAAAUAAGUUGGCUACUAUCAACUUGCUACCCUGAGACUAUUCAGCGCAUUUUUGUAUGCAAUGCCCCCUCAUAUUUCGCUACGAUCUGGAAAUACCUCAAAGGAUGGGUCGAUCCUUAUACAGCAGAGAAGAUCGUAAUUCUCUUCGACGCUGAAGUUCUGCCCACUCUCAGGGAGCACAUUGAGGAUGCAAAUAUCCCGAGCAUAUUUGGCGGUGGCUUUCCCUUCAAGCAUGGAAUGCUACCGGAUCUUGACAAUAACAUCCGGGAGCGUUUGAACUGGGACUCGCCAGAGAAGACUUUGCCUCCCGGUCCCAUUAAAUGGGCUCAGGAAUCAGACGGCAAGAUUGUAGCAUCAGCUGUUGGUAGCCAGGCUGGCUCUGCGAGAAACGACAAGAUUGCAGAAGUUGAUUAUUGA